GACAAAGUUGUGGUCGGAGAUGAGUUUGACUAUGAUCGUUACAACGGACUUAUCAAAUUUGUCGCCGAGUUCAAUUAAUGAGUUCCUGAACCACUGAUUCUGCAGAAAGCUCCAUAACACUCGUGUUAAUUGUGUAAAGAACCAUCCUGGCCGCUUCACAUAAAAGUAUAUACUCGCAACGUCACACCUUGUGGAAGUCAUACCUAAUACAGGCGUAACAAUGUUGGACGCAAAACAAUACAACGCCUUAGAUCUGGCUCAACCAACGGAUUUCAGGUCUAUGCUAAAGAGUGGUGAACUGCUGUGGGGUACAAGUUGUCGCAUCCCCCAUGAGGAAGCUGCGCGUGUAGUAGCAACUCUACCACACCAGUUUUGUUUCCUCGACGCAGAGCAUAGCCCACUUAAUCCCACACUACUUGCCAGCCUCAUCAAGACCAUUCAGUACACUUCAAAUGGCUCUAUGGUGCCAUACGUACGGCUGGCUCCCAAUAUGCCAGAUCUGAUCAAUUAUGUUCUCCUUGCAGGAGCAGGAGGCAUCGUUCAGCCGCAUGUUCAGAAUGCAGAGCAAGCUCAGCAACUAGUGUCUCUAGCCAAAUUCCCUCCCCUUGGUACGCGCAGCUACCCACCUCUGGCACUGUUUGGCAACCAGACGCGCACCAAGCCUGGAGAGACCGUUUACGACGUAUGGAAUAACCAUGCCGCUGUCUUUGCCCAGAUCGAGGACGUGGAGGGAGUCAAGAACGUUGAGGAGAUUGCAGCUGUUCCUGGAAUUGAUGCCUUGAUGGUGGGAGCGGGCGAUCUUCGAUGCUCCAUGGGUCUUGAAGUCGGUAGUCAGGACGGCGACGAGCCAGCUUUUCUCGCUGCAAUGGAAAAGAUCCAGCGCGCCGCAGAAAAUAAUGGCCUUGCGGUGCUAGGAUUUGCCAUGACGCCUGAAAUUUUGGAACGACGACUGAAGCUGGGAUGGAAAGCCCUCAUUAUCCACUCGGAUGGAGCAGCAAUUUUCAAAUCGGGCGUGAAAAGCUUUGAGGAUAAUGUUAUACUUGCGAAAAUCGCGGGCGUGAAUGGCUCAAACGGUACAUACAACGGCGAUACCAACCACUAGGGAAAGCCCGACCAAAAUAACAGUUGAUGCAUAUACACGAGGUUGAACGGUACGCCUACAAUAUAAAUUGAUGGUUGGCACAUGAUAUUCUACAUUGCACUACUAACAUAAGACUCACAAGCUUUUGUACAAAGCACAAGACCAUUUAUAUGAAUACUGAUGUACCUAACAAACGAAUUACAUAUACGAGUAGAUAGCUCGAACUAUUGUGUAAAACAACCAGGAGGUGAUAUUGACUACCAGGUAACACACUGGUCUAGUCUUGGGUCUUGG